AUGGCUGAGAGCACAGAGCCAACCAAGACACUGCCGGAGGCAGAGAAGAAGAAAGAGCAGAGCCUACCGUUCUACCAGCUCUUCUCUUUUGCUGACAAGUAUGAUUGCCUUCUCAUGGUCUCCGGCAGCAUAGGAGCCAUCAUUCACGGCUCUUCCAUGCCCGUGUUCUUCUUAUUGUUCGGUGAAAUGGUUAAUGGGUUCGGAAAAAACCAGAUGGACUUGCACAAAAUGACGGCCGAAGUUGCCAAGUAUGCUCUGUAUUUCGUCUACCUCGGCCUCAUCGUGUGCGUGUCAUCCUACGCCGAGAUUGCAUGCUGGAUGUACACCGGAGAAAGACAAGUGAGCACUCUGAGGAAGAAGUAUCUGGAAGCGGUGCUGAAACAAGACGUGGGGUUUUUCGACACAGAUGCAAGAACAGGUGACAUAGUCUUCAGCGUCUCGACGGACACCCUUCUGGUCCAAGAUGCCAUUAGUGAGAAGGUGGGGAACUUCAUACACUAUCUUUCAACGUUUCUGGCGGGACUGGUGGUUGGGUUUGUGUCAGCAUGGAGGCUGGCUCUGCUGAGUGUGGCAGUCAUCCCGGGGAUUGCUUUUGCCGGCGGGUUGUAUGCCUAUACGCUUACAGGGCUCACAUCCAAGAGCCGAGAAUCGUAUGCAAAUGCUGGCAUUAUGGCUGAGCAAGCCAUCGCACAAGUUCGAACAGUUAAAUCAUAUGUGGGUGAAAGCAAGGCCUUGAAUUCCUAUUCAGAUGCCAUACAGAACACCUUGCAGCUUGGUUACAAGGCUGGAAUGGCCAAAGGUCUGGGGUUAGGGUGUACCUAUGGCAUAGCUUGUAUGUCGUGGGCUCUUGUUUUCUGGUAUGCUGGUGUGUUUAUUCGAAAUGGGCAGACUGAUGGAGGGAAAGCAUUCACAGCCAUUUUUUCGGCUAUUGUUGGUGGCAUGAGCUUGGGUCAGUCAUUUUCCAAUCUCGGGGCCUUUAGCAAAGGGAAAUCAGCUGGAUACAAGUUGAUGGAGAUCAUCAAGCAAAAGCCCACCAUAAUUCAGGACCAAUUGGAUGGAAAGUGCUUGUCCGAGGUUAAUGGAAACAUAGAACUCAAGGAGGUGACAUUCAGCUAUCCGUCGAGGCCAGAUGUUAUCAUUUUCCGUAAUUUCUCAAUCUUCUUCCCAGCUGGAAAGACUAUUGCCGUAGUUGGCGGCAGUGGUUCUGGGAAAAGCACUGUUGUCUCUCUGAUUGAAAGGUUUUAUGAUCCUAACCAUGGGCAGGUUUUGCUGGAUGGUGUGGACAUAAGAACACUGCAACUGAAAUGGUUACGUGAUCAGAUGGGCCUGGUAAACCAGGAGCCUGCACUUUUUGCUACCACCAUUCUUGAGAACAUACUCUAUGGAAAGGCUGAUGCAACAAUGGAUGAAGUAGAAGCAGCAGCCUCUGCAGCUAAUGCUCAUAGUUUCAUCACGUUGCUUCCUAAUGGGUAUAACACUCAGGUAGGAGAGCGAGGAGUCCAACUCUCAGGAGGCCAAAAACAGAGAAUCGCAAUUGCUAGAGCUAUGUUGAAAGACCCAAAGAUCCUACUCCUAGAUGAAGCAACCAGUGCCCUUGAUGCAAGCUCUGAAAGCAUUGUUCAAGAAGCUCUAGACCGUCUCAUGGUAGGGAGGACAACUGUAGUUGUGGCACAUCGCCUUUCCACCAUAAGAAAUGUUGACAGCAUUGCAGUUAUACAACAAGGGCAAGUUGUAGAGACAGGAACUCAUGAAGAACUGAUUGCCAAAGCAGGUGCAUAUUCUUCGUUAAUUCGGUUCCAAGAAAUGGUUGGAAACAGAGACUUCAGGAAUCCAUCUACUCGUUGUUCACGAUCAUCACGGCUAAGCCACUCAUUGUCGACCAAGUCUUUGAGCCUCCGGUCUGGCAGCUUAAGGAACCUGAGCUACAGUUACAGUACUGGUGCUGAUGGGAGGAUAGAGAUGAUUUCAAAUGCUGAGACAGACAGGAAAACUCGAGCUCCAAGGGGAUACUUCUUUCGGCUUCUCAAGCUAAAUGCACCUGAAUGGCCCUAUUCAAUCAUGGGUGCCAUAGGAUCAGUACUAUCCGGGUUUAUCGGUCCAACCUUUGCCAUUGUUAUGAGCAACAUGAUUGAGGUGUUCUACUACAGAAAUCCUGCUUCCAUGGAGAGAAAGACAAAGGAGUAUGUCUUCGUUUACAUAGGAGCUGGGCUAUAUGCUGUCGUUGCAUACUUGAUACAACAUUACUUCUUCAGCAUCAUGGGAGAGAACCUCACUACUAGAGUAAGGAGGAUGAUGCUUGCAGCGAUUUUAAGGAACGAAGUUGGAUGGUAUGAUGAAGAGGAGAACAACUCAAGUCUUCUAGCUUCCAAACUGGCCACAGAUGCUGCUGAUGUGAAAUCCGCAAUUGCUGAGAGGAUUUCUGUAAUUCUGCAGAACAUGACUUCACUGCUCACUUCAUUCAUAGUUGCUUUCAUUGUGGAAUGGAGGGUUUCCCUGCUUAUCCUAGCAACUUUCCCGCUUUUAGUUCUUGCCAACUUUGCUCAGCAACUUUCGCUUAAAGGCUUUGCUGGAGACACUGCCAAGGCUCAUGCAAAGACGAGCAUGAUUGCAGGGGAAGGAGUGAGCAACAUUCGAACAGUUGCAGCCUUCAAUGCACAAGAUAAGAUCCUAUCUCUCUUCUGCCAUGAGCUACGCAUCCCACAACUAGGAAGCCUUCGUCGGAGCCAAACUGCUGGUCUCCUAUUUGGCCUCUCACAGCUUGCCUUAUAUGCCUCUGAAGCUCUCAUUCUGUGGUAUGGCGCCCACCUUGUGAGCAAAGGUGUCUCGACCUUCUCCAAAGUCAUUAAGGUUUUCGUGGUCCUGGUUGUAACAGCCAAUUCAGUAGCAGAAACAGUUAGUCUUGCCCCUGAGAUUAUUAGGGGUGGUGAAGCUGUUGGCUCUGUGUUUUCAAUUCUUGAUCGCCAAACCAGGAUUGACCCUGAUGACCCUGAGGCCGAGGUGGUUGAAACCAUUCGUGGGGAGAUUGAACUUAGGCAUGUUGAUUUUGCAUACCCUUCACGACCGGAUAUUAUGAUCUUUAAAGAUUUUAAUCUCAGAAUCCGUACUGGCCAAAGCCAAGCACUUGUUGGAGCUAGUGGUUCAGGAAAGAGUACUGUGAUUGCGUUGAUCGAGAGGUUCUAUGAUCCAAUAGUUGGGAAGGUAAUGAUUGAUGGCAAAGACAUUCGACGUUUGAACUUGAAGUCUCUUAGGCUGAAAAUUGGUUUGGUGCAACAAGAACCUGCUCUCUUUGCAGCAAGCAUUUUUGAUAACAUUGCCUAUGGAAAAGAAGGUGCAACCGAAGCAGAAGUGAUCGAAGCUGCACGUACAGCCAAUGUGCAUGGAUUCGUUAGUGGACUGCCUGAUGGGUACAAAACUCCAGUUGGGGAGAGAGGGGUUCAGCUCUCAGGAGGACAGAAACAAAGAAUUGCCAUAGCAAGAGCUGUGCUCAAGGACCCAACAAUUCUUCUGCUAGAUGAGGCCACAAGUGCAUUGGAUGCAGAAUCAGAAUGUGUGCUACAAGAAGCACUGGAGAGGCUCAUGAGAGGCCGAACCACAGUGUUGGUUGCCCACCGUUUAUCAACAAUUAGAGGGGUGGACAGCAUCGGUGUGGUGCAAGAUGGCCGCAUUGUGGAACAUGGAAGCCACUCAGAACUUGUGAGCCGCCCAGAUGGGGCGUAUUCGAGACUGUUGCAGCUGCAAAAUCAUCGUAUAUGAGAAGAUAUUCAGUUUUGGUCAAUCAAAUGCAGCAUGCAUGGCCUUGUUGGGUGGUGUUGAUUAUGUAUGUCCCAUUAACUUUAUGUAUCCUCUUAUUUUUCAUCUAGUUGUAGAUAUGGCUCGUGUUCAUCAGUACAAUUUCUCUAAUCUCAAUGAAGUAGCAGUAUUAUAUU